UUGGAGAAAAGCAGCAACAGUAAAGAAGGCUUUCUCUUUGCCGGUGUUAAAAGCCACAGGCUUGUCAAGAUGGAAAUGGGAUACCAAGAAACACCUCCACCAUACCCUGGCACAGCCAUGAACUAUGGGCCUCCAUCAUACCCUGUCACAGCCAUUAACUAUGGGGUUGCAGUGCAACAACCUAUGGUGUACCCGCCACCUAGUGCAGGACCACAACCUGUUGUAAUACAUGAAGUACAAACUACUACAGUGACUCAAGCGGUGGUAAAAACUUCACUGCAAGACACUUCAGCACAAGCUGUGUGCCCCCGCUGUCAGCGCACAGUGGUCACCGAGGUAGAGCACACCCCAGGCCUGUUGUCAUGGGCCAUCUGUGGAGGCAUCAGCGUCAUUGGGUGUUGUUUCUUCGCCUGGAUACCAUUCAUUGUGGACGCCUGCAAGGAUGUCAAGCAUCUCUGCCCAAAUUGCAACACAGUCAUUCAUGUUUACAAGCGAAUGUAAAAUGCUUCUGAUUGAGAAUCUUAUGCAGAUAAAACAGUGAAUGCUUUGGACAAACUAAACUUUGCAAAUGCUAUAUGGGGUCUCAUAGGUACUGUAUUAUGAUGUAUGUCUUUGCCAUGGAAAAUGAGACUGAUAAAUUGUUCAUUUGCAACAAACCUUUAAUGCAGUGCUUCUCAAUUAUUUUCUGCUUGCCCCCCGCCCUCUAGGAAGACAUAAACGUUUGGCGCCCCCCCAACUCUCUGCCGCCACUGUAAAUAGUAUCGUUUGUCAAUAAAAUUAUCAUUAUAAGUACACCUCUGCAUAACAUUGUGUCCUUUUUAAUUUUAAAGAAAGAAAAAGUAAUAUAGAUCAGCGUACAAUAAAGUGUAAUGUUAUCAACAUUUUUUGUUGAGAACAUAAAAGACUUAAAGCGCAUCACUUAGCCUGAAUUAAAAAAAAAAAGUCACAUCCAAACUGUAAAAAUACUCUCAAGGCAUUUUUUUUACCAUUUAAUACUAAAACAUGAAAUUUAAUAAAAUCUAUAAAUAAUAAUAAAUUCAAAGUGAUUAGCAACAUUAACUCAUGAGACCAUAUGCCAAACCAUUUGACCGAAAAAUUUAAUAAAAUAAAACUUUAUUGCUGUAAAUGUUUGGGUGGUUUUAGUGAAAGCAGACACUGUCAUCUGUGUGAUUUUGACAAAGAUCAGAUCAGGCUUUGAUGGAGAUUUUAUGCAGAAAUGUGAGAAAUCAUAAAAAUGUUCAGAUACUUUUUCAUUCCACUAUAAGUGACGUCUUGAUUGAUUUGGCUUCCUGCUGUCCGUUGCAAACAUUUUUUGAUACAGACCAGUCUUUCCUUGUCUCCCACUGUAUUAAAAGUCACAGCCAAAUGCUA